AUGCUCUUCGGCGCUUAGCUGUUCGCCGAGCGCCUUAAUACGGCCCCUGUUUUGUCCCCUCUCCCGCUUUUAGUCCAGGCCCUGCGAGAAGGAGUAAAUAUGACCGAGAAAGCUUCCGGGUGGGAAAAAAACAAAAACCCUACAAAGCUUUACCAGUCGGCGCUUUUCCACCCACCGUUGGGCCUCAAGGGAGGAAGGAGGGCCCUUCUGACGUCUUAGUCUGCUGCCAGACGAGUAGGACGGCUCAGGUCCCCGCGAACUGCUGCACGUGGCUUCUUGAUGGCAACUUGGAAAGUGGCUGUAGGAGCAAUAGAGCGGCUAUGAAGAGGCCUAACAUUUUACUCACAGGGACACCUGGUGUUGGGAAAACUACACUAGGCAAAGAGAUAGCCUUGAGAACAGAUUUUACAUACAUCAAUGUGGGGGAUAUGGCUAAAGAAGGGGAACUGUACGAAGGUUUUGAUGAAGAAUAUGAAUGCCCAAUAUUAGAUGAAGACAGAGUUAUUGAUGAAAUGGAAGAUAAGAUGAAGGAUGGAGGUGUCAUAGUUGAUUAUCACAGCUGUGACUUUUUUCCUGAACGCUGGUUUAAUAUAGUCUUUGUGCUUCGCACUGAAAACUCUUUUUUGUACAACAGAUUAGAAAACAGAGGUUACAAAGGAAAAAAGCUUCAAGACAAUAUUCAAUGCGAAAUCUUUCAGACAAUUUAUGAAGAAGCCAUGUCAUCCUAUAAAGAAGAAAUUGUACAUCAGUUGCCUAGUAAUACUCCAGAAGAUAUGGAGCGGAAUUUAGAUCAAAUUAUGCAGUGGGUUGAACAGUGGAUAAAAGACAACAAUUGAUUUUUUAAAAAAUCAUAUUUACAAUGAUUAAUAGAAGUUGUGUUUUCAUUCAUGGAAGAAACAAUAAUAGUUCCUUCAAGGUGAAAAUUAACAAGGCCACUGAGUUUUCUAUUUUAUGCUGUUCUCUUUAGACUCUAUGAAAGCAGGUAUCAGACAGAAUAAGAUACGAAUCAGAUAAGAAUUUUAAAAAAUCUGAAUUUAAAGAAUUUAAAUUUAAAAAUCUGAAAUUAUACUAAAUUGGGUGUCCAAUAUUGAAAAGAUGAAAAAGAAUAGUUCCCUAGUUAAUACGGUUGCCAAAAUCUUAUUCCUGUACAAAGUUUUAUUAAUGCAGCGGAUAUUCUGUGAUUCAUUUCUAAAUGUGGGACCAUGCAAUUUAAUAUAUGAACAUAAUUUUAGUUAUUAAUUUAUUAACAUGCUGUAAAUACCCAGGCAAAUUUGUAUCUGUAUGUUUUUGUUAUUUAUAAGUUUUGUUGUCGUUUAGUUAAACUACUUUUUUGCUCAGUUUUUGUUCAGUUUAGAAGGCAUCCUCAACCCCAGAUUCAUGAACUCAUCUCUCUCUGAAUAAAUGCUGAUGGCAUUUUGCAAGAUUUUUGAAACAAGUAAAUAGGUUACAUGUGGCCAUAACUACAGUGAUCCAAGAAGCGUCUGAUGCUAUUGCUUGUAUCAUAUUUUUCUAUUCUCUGAGCUAGCGUGGUUCAUAAUAAAUAUUACCAUCAUUUAUUAUCCUAAUUUUUUCUAAAUAUUGAGUAACUUAAUAAAAAGUGAAGUUAUAGUGAAAAGACAAGAAUAUUGAUUGGUGAGAAAGUGCAUUUUGUCAUGUAAAAAAUGCCUAUAUAAGGUACAUAAAGUAUAUAUGUAUACUGUAUAUAUAUUUUUCUUAGUAGCUCCCAAAUUUGAUAUUAAAUGUAUCGAUAAGUUACAACUUUAGUCCUAAUCAUAAUCAUAAUCAUAUAUCAUUGGAUUUCAUCCAGCAUAUCAGCAGAAGAUCAUAUUCAGAUUCUCUUCUCUUUCCCAUGCAGGAUCCAAAGCAGAGUUUGAUUGUGUAGGAGGAGCUUUGUGGAUAUAGACUCUUCCGCCUCUUGUACUAUUAAUGAAAUGACUUGAUUAGAAGCACAAUUGCCUUCAGUUUUCCAUUUUGGUUACAUUCUGAAAAUGGUUACCAGUCCCCCUUAAAUUAAUCAACAUGAGAUGGAUUUAAAAUAGGGUCACACAUACUUCCUUCUCCAUUCCUAAACUGGGUCAAUAAUAUUACUUUACAGUAUUCCUAUAGUGGUAGUAAUACAGAUGAUCGUCAUUUAGCUACUGCAGUUAUGAUUGUGAUGAAACAGUAACCAUGACCAGUUCUUAUACUUAUGAUCUUCACAGGUCUAUAAAGCAAACCAAAGCUGAAGUAAGAUGAUAAGCAUAGUAGUAGUUUCACUUUUGACUGCUUCACUUAAUGACUUGAGUUGUUGGUGCUAAUUGUGAUCGCUAAAUGGGAACUACCUGAAAAAAUAUUUUUCAAAAUCUCUUAAAGAAGCAUAAUUUUAGUCACUCUGCCUAGAGUACUUAAUUUGUCUGAAACUAAAGUUCUCAGACAAAGUUACCAUUAGUUAAACAUUAAAUAUUUUUAGAUUGCAACUGAACUGAUUGAAAAUAGUCACUUCUAUUAGGUGUUGUGUUCAUGUUACCUGAAAAGCAGAUGCUUGGCCAAUUGCAAGAUUUAAUUUACCUUCUGUAUAUUAAACUGAUUUUUGGAACCUUGUCUUUGAUUAUUACAAAUAUUGCAGUAUUUAGUGAAUAAUGUUUUGAGCAGCAAACAAUUUGGAUCAUGCAUUUUUUGUUAUUUGGUACUGUAUUAUAUAGAUGAUUUUCAAAAUCUUAUUCUUUUGUAUUACAUUUUUCUGUAUGUAAUUAAGAACAAAGAUUUAAAUAUGUUUUUUGAAAAUAAAAGAUACAUAAGGCAAA